UGAGAUACUUACACGCCCAUGCAAACUCUUCUGAAUCACACAAAAACCCUAAAGCCACUCACUAUUUGUUCAGUUAUUUUGUUUCAAAUCUACUGGAUUUGCAUAUAAGGAGAGAAAAAGAGGUGUGGUAGGGGGCUCCUCUGGGUGUGCACUAGAGAAAGUGUUGUUUUACAAGCCCCUCCCAAACAGUAGCUAGCCCCCAUUUUUAACCCUCCACACGAAAACAGCUCUGCUCAACAGGUCACGGCCGUGAGAAAGAAAGGACAGAAGACAGGAGAACUGGAUGAUUAAUUCAACCAUUGAGCUCUUAUGUCUCCAGUUUGGAUAGCCAGAAUAUGCUUGGUUCUGCUGGUCUGCAGGAUUGUGGCAUCAAGCACCAGAUCUAGGCGAAGGAGGCGCGAGUGGAUUCUUCCACCUACAAAACUGCUUGAAAAUGUUGACUACAGAAAAGAGGAGUUUGUGGCAAAAAUCCGUUCUGACAAAGAUCUUCACGGGCAGCAGGUGGAGUACAAACUUACAGGAUAUGGUGCUGACAAGCCACCCUACAAUUUGUUUGUUAUCAAUCCUGAGACUGGCUUUGUUCGACUCACUGGCUUGCUAGACAGAGAGAAAACACCUUUAUACAAUCUGACUGGCACAGCAACAUUUCGUAAUGGAACAAUAGCAGAGGACAAAAUUGAGCUGAAGAUUAAAGUUGAGGAUCAGAAUGAUAAUCCACCAAUAUUCAGAUUACAAAAGGGAUCUGUAAAGGAAAGCAGCAGGAUUGGAACGCCUGUCAUGCAGAUAAAAGCUUUUGAUGCAGAUGAGCCAGGCACCAUCAAUUCCAAAAUAGCAUACAGUAUAGUAAAACAAACACCUGCCGAAUCUGGUUUCUUGUUCACCAUUGACAAAGAAACUGGAAAAGUCUAUGUUAAGGAAAGAACCCUGGAUCGAGAGAGACAUGACAGCUAUACGUUAGAAGUCCAAGGAGUUGAUAUGAAUGGCCUACCAUCUGGCAACACAGGAACCGGCACAGUUCAAAUUCAGGUUUUGGACAUAAAUGACAACGUUCCCACUCUUGAGAAAGAUGCGUAUUCAGGCAGGGUGGAUGAGGGUGUGGUUGAUGUGAUCGUCAUGAGAAUAAAAGCCCUCGAUAAAGAUCUGGAAUUCACUGAUAACUGGCUGGCGGUUUUUGAUAUUCAAAAAGGAAAUGAAGACAAUCUUUUCACUAUUGAAACAGACCCUAAAACUAAUGAGGGGAUUCUCAAACUUGUCAAGCCUGUUGAUUUUGAAAAGAUGAAAGAAUUGGACCUUAAUUUAGUUAUAUCUAAUGUAGCUCCUUUUAUAAACGGAAGUGCUUUGGAGCUCGAUGUUAAUCUGGACAGAGAUGGAGUGGGUGCUGGAGCAGGUGCAGGGAUUGGAGCUGGGUUGGGUUUGGGAGUAGGAGCAGGGGUAGGGUUAGGUGUGGGGGCUGGACUGGAUCUGGGUGCUGGACUGGAUCUGGGUGCUGGACUGGAUCUGGGUGCUGGACUGGAUCUGGGUGCUGGACUGGGUGCUGGACUGGAUGCUGGACUGGAUCUGGGUGCUGGAGUGGAUCUGGGUGCCGGAGUAGAUGCAGGUGGUGGUAUUGGGAUUAAACCUGAUGCUGGGCUCAAACCUGGAGUUAAGCCUGGAACCAAGCCUGGCUCCUCACCUGGUGUCCAGCCAGGCGUUAAACCUGGGUCAAAACCUGCCACCAAACCUGAGUCGGGUGGAAAAGGUUAUCCAGUUAAGAUUGCAGUCAACAACAUACCAGAUGGCCCUGUCUUCAAACCUUCCGUGAAAGACUUCCCUGUGUCAGAGGAUCCAGAAAAUAAUGAUAUUCCAAAAGUGCUGGGAACAUAUGCUGCUUUGGAUGGUGACACAGGAGAGCCAGCUGAAAAUGUAAGGUAUGCUAAAGGUCAUGAUCCGGAUAACUGGAUAACUGUCGAUGAGGCAACAGCUGAGAUUAAACUAACAAAAGUUCCAGAUCGAGAGUCCAAGUUAUUGGUCAAUGGAACCUAUCUUGCAAAGAUUCUCUGCAUGACUCAAGAUGUGCCACCUAAAACCGCUACUGGGACAAUAGCUUUAAAGGUGGAGGACACAAAUGAUCACUGUCCUACAUUGACCAGCACCUAUGAGCAAGUUUGUGAUGAUAAUAAAGUGGUGAAUGUGACUGCUUUCGAUGAGGAUGUUAAUCCCAAUGCUGCACCUUACGAGUUUGUUCUAAUAGAAGAAGAGACUGUGGGGAAGUGGGAGAUGGUGCCUAUAAAUGAGACAUCAGUGAGAUUUCACACGAGUGAGUCUUUGUGGCCAGGCAUCUAUAAAGUGACAGUUAAGAUCUCUGAUGCUAAGGGUCUUGCCUGUGAAGACAACCAAAAGUUUGAGGUAGAAGUGUGCAGCUGUGAGAAAACAGGCUCCUGUGCACCAAGAUCAGCUUCACAGCAUGGAUCUUCAGUUAGAAUAGGAGCACCAGCAAUUGGAUUGUUCCUUAUUGGUGCAUGUUUACUCCUACUGGUUCCUUUGCUCCUGAUCUUCUGCCAGUGUGGGGCACUGAGUGAAUUCACAGAAUUGCCCUAUGAAGCUAAAGAAUAUCUCAUCGCAUAUCACACUGAAGGAAAUGGAGAAGACAAGGAGGUUCCACUUCUCAGCAGUCCUGUAGUUACAGCAGAUCAAAACCAACUGUUUCAAGAUAUGAAGACAUCACCCCUAGUAUGCUCAAUGCCCGUUUAUGCAAGUGUCGCUAAUGACAGUCAAACAUUCCACCAGGAAAUCAACGGAGGGUUUACAGAAACUGAUAGCAGAUUUCUGUACCGCCAAAACACCCUGGCCAGCCAACGCAACAGUGGUAUCUACUCAACAUUAAUCAGACAUGAACAACAUGACAUUUAUGAGGAUAUGGCACUGGGAGAUGAAUUCCUUUGUGAAUACUUCUCUCAGAAAGCUAGUUGUGUUGCAGAGAACCUUAACCUGAAGGACGAUCCUCAGAUGUAUGAGUACGAGGGCAAAGGCUCACCUGCCGGCUCUAUUGGUCGUUUAAGCCUCUCUGAUUCUGAUGAUGACCUGGAUUUCCUCAACAACCUGAAUUCAAAGUUCCUAACACUAGCAGAGAUAUGCAUUCCUCCAAAGCCAUCUGUACCUCCUCCUAAAACUGAACAAGUGGUCAAAUCUGUACAAAGCAACCUCAGAAGCGAGAGCUCUGUUUCGAGUAGGGCUCUCCAGGUAACCAAAUCUUCAGAACAGGUACAACAAACCUCUAUUUCGAAGGUUGAGGAGACGGUCAACAAAUCAGCCACCCUUCCAAUGGUCGAAACAAGUCAGACAGUUUUUGUGCAACAACAGCCUCUAUACUACAUAGUGGAGCAGCAAAUACCAAACACCUUCCUCAUUGCCGAGAAUCCCACGCAGGGCAUGUAUGUAAUAAAUGGGAAUGCUGGGGCAGAAGGUUUGAUACUUCAAGGACCAAACAUUUCACAGUCAACUCUGAGUAGAGGACAGCAGGCAAUGUAUUUGAUAGAUGGAGCUAAUGGUCAGAUGCAAACAGAUUUGCAGGGACAGGAAACAGUGUUAGGAUUUAGCCCUGUCUUUCCUCCCGGAGGUGCAGCUGAAGGUAUAAUGCUAAUGCAGACCCAGAUCAGCACAGAGACACCAAUGCAAGGACAGGUUGGAGGGACCCCAGGGUUGUUUUCUGAUCUAACGGGAACUCUCAAAAAGCAGCAGAUGCUAUCUGAACCGUUGGUUAAUGUAGAGCAAGCUGAACCAAAAGUACAAGAAACUGUAUUAAAGAAUCCAGGUAGACAGGGUAAAAACAGGGUACAAAACUAAACUUUUGGGUCACUACAUGCUAUAAUUCUAUUACCCUAUGUGACCCUUCUGUGAAAAGCAGGCUAAAGUCAUAAUCUUAUUUUUUUUAAGGUCCCGUUCUUUCCGUGUUUUUGAAGCUUUGAUUGUGUUCACAGUGCGCAAUAUAACAUGUGUUCAUGUUUCACGUGUAAAAAAACUCGGUAUUUUCCACACAAUUUACUUAUCUGUAUACCGCUGGUUUACUCUCCUCAAAACGGGCUGAUGUCUUCCUUGUAUGAAGUCCCUCCUUCAGAAAUACGUAAUGAGUUCUGAUUGUGUAGAUUGUUUAGUGUGUUAGGAUUCGAUAGCAGCUUAGCUUGCCGUUAGCUUAGCUGGUGACUGACGUAUUCCUGUGGGCGGAGUUUAGUCAAAAACUGUUUUACUGACGUCAUUAAAGCAGGAAGUAGAGGGCUGUAGUUCAAACGAGCCGUUCACUAUAUGCUUUGAAAGGCGAAUUCUGUUAAAGAAAAUAAAUCACCUGCCAUUGAACUUUGAGCUUUAUUAUUUUGCAGAUAUUAUUUAUGCUAUUAUAGCAACAUUACACACUAACUAGGGUUUAAAAAAUGGAUCAGAAAGAACGUGACCUUUAAGAUUUGGAUCAUUAAGAGUUUGAUUUUCUAUCUUUGACAUGAACUUAGUUAAUAAUAUUAAACAUAUCAAGGUUAUAUUUUCACAGAAUGUUCUUUAUGUUAUGCAGGAUGAUUUUAUGUAGAAAACAAAAAAUUUCGUAUUAUGCCUCUUGUUCCAUGGAUAUUCCAGCCUGAUCUCAUAUUUAAUAAGUUGGCUAAUUCGUAUGAAUUCAUACGAAGUUAAUCUUGCAAAAAUGUACGAUUAUUCUAAAAAAAAAAAGUCAACUUCACGGGCAAAGGCAAAUCAUACAAAAAUGUACAAAUGCGAUUGUACAAAUUAAUACGAAUUAUCAUGAGAAGAUAGUGUUAAAUAAUUCUGUAUAUAUAGCAUUGUGUUAACAACACAAAAGGUCACAGGUUCGAUCCAAAAAAGGCACAUAUUGACAAAACAUGUAUACCUUAAAUGCAUUGUUAGUCGCUUUGGAUAAAAGUGUUUGUCAAAUGCAUAUAGUAAAUGUAAAUUCACUGUCAGAAAAAAGUACAAACAGUAAAUAUUUGUUCCUAAGGUUGCGUUUUGUCCCUUAUAUAUACUAACCAUAAUACAAUGUUGUUCCUUUAUGGGACAUUACUGUACCUUAAGGACCUAUUGUGUACCUUAAAAUGCACAGUUAACUGCUUUGUAGGCAUGGGCCAGUAUGAGAUUCUGGCGGUAUGAUACCCAUGCGCAAAAAUAACAGAAUUUUGCGGUAUUGCCAUUAUAACACUAAAAUGUCUGCGUAUAAAAACAUCAUCUUUUCAACUGGUCACAAUACAUUUUAUUUUUAAGCAACCUACAACGUUUAUGCCAGGUAAAAAUAAAGCCUUUAAAUGAUCAUAUUCUUUCAAAAAUAUGUAAUUAAAAUGUUAACAUGAAUUCAAUUAUAUGUUUUAAUUCAUUUUGUGUAAACACAGUUCAUACCUUGAAAAUGGUUUCACAGAAAAUUUUUGUGGUUUUGAAACCAUGACUCUUUAAAACCUCGGAAUACCUUGAAACCGGUAACCGGCCCAUGCCAAUUGCUUUGUACCACUUAAAUUUAACUGGUACAAAAUUGUUCCUUAAGGUACACAAUAGGCCCUAAGGGUAUAAUAUUGUACCCCUAAAGGUAUUGCGUUGUAUAUGCGUUGUAUUCCCAUAAGGUACAAAAAUGAACAUUUGAGAGUAGAACCCCAGCGAAAUAAAAGGUACUGUGUUGUAUCCUAUUUUUCACAGUGUGUAAUAAUUUGACCUUGAAAUUAAUUAUAUCUCUUAACCAUUUUCCCAAAAAUCAAUAAGGUGCCUACAUAAACUGCAUUUUUUUGGGUAUCAGAGGGGUUGUCCAGACAUGUAGGCUAUUUCAGCAAGUACAAUUACCAUAAAAUACCUCAUAACUUAAAUGCAAUACAUUUAGAAACAAAUAUACAGCAAAGUAUUUAUAGGAAAUAGUUUGUGUCACAUAUUUAUAUUAGUUAUGCAGACAUCAAAAAAACGUUUGCUAAAUCUCUAAAACAGUUUACACGAUGAGCACAAUUCGCUUUCAACACAAGAGUCAUAAACUUCACGAAAAAUAGGCUAUUGAUGUUUGGGGAGGCAAAUGCAGACAUGCAGAGACUGGACAGCCAACCAGUUAAAGUAAACCAGCUUUAAAACAGCCGAUGUCUGUCAAUCAAGAUAAGUCAAUGUUUCACGAGGGAGUCCCUUAAAAGUGCUGGAAUUUUUUUAAUGUCUUAACCGACAUGAUGAUGGUUUGAUCAAUGACAGCUGAGCCUGAAGCAAAGUACAUACAGCAAACAGUUCAGUUCUCAGCAGAUGAGUUCUCAUCAAACAUUAUAGUGGCUUUGUUUGUCUCAGCAACUACAGCUUGUUGAUAAGAAGAGAAGACAGAUUUUUUGAUAUUCAAACAUAGAUAUUCAAAUGCAGAUAUAUACAAAUCAUCCCUUCUGCAGUAUUUUUACAACAGUGAUUUAAAAUGGGCGAGGCUGAGAAAUUUGAGGGCGAAUUAUGUUCUUUUGAGACUCAUGUUGCUUUGCAUUUUAUGGCCAUUAAGACAUUAAAAUGAAUGCUUAAGUUUCAACUUAUCUAAGAAAAUAAUAUUUCAGCCUAAAAGCUCUACAGAACAUGCAACCUGCUUGGAAGAUCAUUGUAGAGCUGUGGCCUAUUGGUAGGCUUGAAUACAAUUUAUGUUAUGUUCUAGUGUAUAAAAACUUUCUUUAAAAAAAAUUAUCUAUAAAGAUAAAAAAAAUUCUCAGUUGCUUUUAACUUCAAAAUUCAAAUUUCUUUAUACUUUUCACCAAAAUGUAUAUAAUCUUUAAUCACUGACUUGUCUAUUUUCAUCCUGCCAAUGAUUUUUGUAUAUGAAUGUGUAUUAAUGAACUGCACAAAAAUCUAAUGUGGGAAAUACUUUAAAUAAAGGAAAUUAAAGCUCCA